AAAGUUAAUUACAUAAAUUCUGUUCCUUUCUCUCUCCCCCAAGUCUUUCUUUAAUUCUUCCUUGCUUCCCUAGUACUUUCCUUCGUCCUCUUUGUUUCAGUUUCUGGUUUCUCCAAAAACCCUUGUGGAAAAGAACCCAUCUUUCAUUUCGGCUUGGACCCUUUUGCGGAUCUCAACUCGGUUUCAACGUUGUCCUCUUCUUUCUCAAGUUGUUUGCUUGCCUGGUUUGUUGCUGAGAAAUGGUAGGAAAAUAAACAUGAAAUUUGUGGUUUUUUGGGAAGUUAUGUUAGUUAUAAUAGUUAGGUUUUUUUUAUGAAACAUGUUCUUUUACUGUUGCCAGGAUAAUAAAAGGUUUUGGGUGUUCAUGAUGUUAUUUGUUCAAAUUUCCUACCUUUUGUCAGAAAACAAACAAGGGUUUUGAUGGAUGAAACUUUAUUUUUUGGUUGAUUUUUUGCUUUGAAAUUGUAUGGUGUUGAUUGCAGCUUGGACUAGUGAAGGUGAAUUUUUGGGAUUUUUGGGGUAAAAAUUCGAGUACUUAGAGGGUUUUAUUGUUUAAAGUUCGAGCUCUGGGUCUCAUGAGAAUUGUUAGGGGAAUGCAGAGAUCUUUUCGCGAGGAGGGGAGCGUGCUGGGCUGGAAGAAAACAUUAAGCCAAAGGAUUGGCCCCAAGGCAAGAACACGUAACAAACCUUUGAGUAGGGUUGUAAGUCUCUAAGUUUUGGGGUUCUGGAAGGGGAUUGGGGCUAGGGUUUCUGAUUAAGGAUAACAUACAUCACAGCAAUGACCCGCAUUUUGGUUCAAAGAGGAUCUGCUGGUAGCUCUUCUACAAACCCAAGCCGUUCUUCUUCCUUGACCGGUUCAUCUUCUCGGGCAGAGCAACAGACUUCCGCUCCUCAGGUUCUUUCGGCUGUGAAAGAUGAGGAAAUUGGAGAGGAAGUGCAGGAACAAAUUGUUGUAGAUGAGCCUUUGGAGAUUUAUGGAACUUGUGAUAGUAAUGCAGCUAAAGAUGAUGAACUUGUCGUGGAAAAUUUGUGCAGUGAUAGAAAUGAGAGUUCAAGUGAUGGAAUUAUUGACUGUGAGAAACUGAAGACAGAUGAUGCUAUAGGUACUGGGGAAAUGAUUAGGGACUUGGGUGGGUUGAGGAUUUCAGAAAAUUUGUUGGUUGAUUGCGAAGGAUCUAGUGGUGAUCCUUUGUCAGUUGGUAGCGGAAGUCCACAUCCUCCACCACCUCCUGUUCCUCCUCCAAAAACUUCUGCUGCAAACUCAAAUUCAAGGAGAUCUGUCUCAGGAAGUUCAAAUUCUGCACGUGCUGUAUCAACUAGAAGGGCAGUUGCCUGGCCUGUUGUCUCAGUAAAGUCAUCACCAUCUGGAUCUCGGCCUUCUUCUCCUAGGUCUCAUGCUGAAAGUGAGGGUUACAAUAGUGCUGAUGAGCAAAAUCCCUGCUUUGUAUCCUCCUAUGAUGAUUUAGAACGAGAAAGUCAGUUUGAAAUUGAUAUCAGAAGGGCUAAAGGUCUGGAAGUCAAACGGAUGUUGGCAGACGGGAACUGUCUCUUCCGUGCUGUUGCAGAUCAAGUGUAUGGGGACUCUGAAGCAUAUGAUUUGACAAGACAAAUGUGCUUAGAUUACAUGGAGCAAGAGAGGGAUCACUUUUCUCAGUUUAUAACAGAAGGUUUUACCUCUUACUGCAAGAGAAAGAGAAGAGACAAGGUUUAUGGGAAUAAUGUAGAGAUCCAAGCUUUAUCAGAAAUUUUCAACAGGCCCAUCCACAUUUAUUCCUAUAGCACAGAACCCAUAAACAUAUUUCAUGGGAACUACAAUACAGACACGCCUCCCAUAAGGCUGAGUUACCAUCACAGGAAUCAUUACAAUUCUCUUGUUGACCCACGUAGGUUGACAAUUGGUGCUGGACUUGGAUUUAGCUGUCUCCGAGGGAGGAAUGUGGACAAGGAUCAAGUGAAGGCUGCUAUUAAAGCUCAACAAGACCAGCAGAUUGAUAAUGCACUUCUAGCUGAGGGGCAGUUUUAUUCAGAUCUUGAGCUUACAGAGAAAGAAAUUGAAAGAAUGGUUAUGGGAAUUUCUCGUGCUGAGUACCUUGCUCAGGACAAGUUCAAGCUGCAUGUCGGCCAUAAAGAAUCAUCAACUUCCAGUGCUGAACCAUCAUCUUCCGGAGCCAGUAAGUAUCCAGGAUCAUCUGGCAGUGAAACCAAGCUGGGAAAUGGGAAAGAGCAGGACAAUGCUCUGAGCAGCGGCAUGCAAAUACUGUUGUCAAUGGGAUUCAGCUAUCUGCAGGCAAUUGAAGCGCAUGGGAUAUUUGGGGAUGACGUUGAUUCCAUGGUCUGUUAUCUUGUAGAAACCGAGAGCAGCAGACGCAAGGGCAAGGCUACAGAAUGAAUGAAAAAUUUGCAGGAUAAAUAUUAGUGCAUUGUAUGUGAGCUAGAAGGAUCUUUUGGGGUUCUCAAUGCUAAUAUUUGUCCUAACUCAAUCGAAGUGAUUCAGACACUUGGGACUUGAUGUUAGAAUUCAAGUCAAUAAAAUUGUGGUUUAGUUUAGUCAGAUUUUCAUCGUACAACAAUAAUGACGUUGUUAACUGAGGAACCUUGUAAGCACGUAAAACGUUAUUCUACAAUCCUUUUUCAUUAGGUGACAAUGACAACAAUGUACGGAGCAAAUUCUGUGGAGGAGGUUUAACCGAAGGCAGUAGUUGAUGUAAUUUUAGACUAAAAUCAAGAUUCUCAGCUUAUUUGCAAUAUCAGCAAUAUCAAAUGAAUAGUUGUAAAUGAGAAUGAAACUUGAAAUUAAAA